UUAAAGGGCAAACUUCCUCCAAGAGGCGCGGCCUUCUCGGGCGCCUCCUACGGGUCCGCGCCCUCUGAGGAUCUGUGGGCUGGCCCGGGGCUGUCUUCCCGCCUUCGUUUCACUGGGAAGCUCCGAGGGGAUGUCUGGUCUGGAAGGACUACUUCCCGCUUCUUCUCUUCUCUGGCUUCUUAUUUUCACCUUGGGGGGUAAAAGCUUUAGAAAUCCUCAUUCUGAUACUGACUUGCCACAUGACUUGGGGAAAUAAAGUUUAAAGAAUAUGUAGAAGAUGGAAUCCAACUUCUCAUCAAUGAUUCUUGAGGGGAAGUUUCAGAAGCUCCAAGAAUGUGUGGAAUUUUUAUUAGAAAAAUAUUUUGUUUUAAUUGAGAAACAUUACUUUUGCUCAACCUGCUUUUCAAAUAUGAAUCAUCACAAUUUUAUGUAGACCUCCAGCAUUGUGCAAGACCUUAGACAUAGCGUAGAAACCGAUAAAGGCUUAAAACUAAAGAUGACAAACUCUAGACCCAAUGGGGUAGUUAGAUGUGUAUGGACCAAUCUUCAAAUCUGACAAAGACCAAAAGUGGCCAAGGCCACAAGCGAGAUGCUGGUGGCCUUGAGUCCCUACGCACAGUUCCAGCCAAGCUGCUUCCACCUCGUGAAGAUGGGUUUUGUGAUGGUUUGCACCGCGGACAUGGCGGCGGCGGCGCUCUUCAGCAUCUUUUCCUGUCUCAGGAUCGGAAUACGGGGUCGGGGUCUGAUGGGCGGUGUCAGGAAAACCAUGAUGCAGAGCGGCGGCACCUUUGGCACAUUCAUGGCCAUCGGGAUGGACAUCUGAUGCUAAUCAGGGCAGUGGUUGCCCACUACAUCCACCCUCUCACAUCAGUCCCAGUCCGUGUACCAUAAUAAAACAAGUCUUUGAUUUAAGAAAAAAAUUUGACGAAGACCAGACCAGCAUAGUUGCCCUUGUGAAAUCUAUAACCAUAUUAUUGCCAUAGAUAAACAGAUUAUAGGGUUCUUCUGAAGGCAGGACUCUAAACUACCUUGUACUUGGACAAGUUAGUUGUUAGUUUAGUACUAGUGCACAAAGAAAAGAGUGCCACCUGCUGGACCAGCAAUGAUACUCCCUCCCGGGCCAGGGCUACAUGGCAAGGAAGACAGACACUGAUCCAAAUCAAAUUCAUAUGCUUGCCUUUAAAUUAGUUUAACAGACAUUUGGCAUUAUUCAGCUGUUCCUUAUAAGCUUCUUUUGCUCAGCUGACAAAUGAAUUGUUCUUCCAGAAUAGACUUUUCCUGUCGAAUUUAUUUGAGGGGCUAAUUCAAUUAUUUUAUAUUUCAAGAUUAUACUUACUGCUUAUAACACAUGAAUUAUAAUCCAUUUUGUAAAGGACUGUCUCUUGAAUUUUUCCUCUUGCAGUCUCAGUUCACUCUUUUCUUUACAAUGCAAGUCACCAAUACAUUAAUUCCCCUAGUCAUGUAUCAAUAGUUGUGAAAAGUAAUAUGCCAGGGCUCUGACUUCUAUUCUGGCAUGCUUGAAUGGGGAGAUGGGAGGAAGUAUUGGCAAGGAACCCCAGGGGGAUGCAGGAACAGUGGGACUGGUCCAUCAAGGUGGGGAUGGAUAUUAUAUCACUGAUAUUGUUUAGAAUUUCUGUACAUGAUGAUAAAAAAAAUACAAGCUGACUUAGUUUUAUUAUUUCUUUUCUGUUCUCUACCAUGUAUCUCUUAUUGCCUGAACCAAGGACAGACCACUCUCACAGCAUCUUCCCAAUACACCGCCAAAUAUUUGCACUCACAAAUAGUGUGAGGAGAAGGGCAGAGAUGUCCAGAUUUCUAUGCCUUGUGUAUGAAAGAAUGUAUCCUUCUAUAUUGGCAUGGUUUAGUGAACCUGAUUAAAACUGUCUUUAUCCA